AUGGAAAAGAAUGACACCAUCGAUUUCAAGGCUCUGGAGAAAGAGCUUCAGGCUGCACUUGCUGCUGAUGAGAAGUACAAACAGGAGAAUGCUGCCAAGUUACGGGCAGUGGAACAGAGGGUGGCUUCCUAUGAGGAGUUCAGGGGUAUUGUCCUUGCAUCACAUCUGAAGCCACUGGAGCAGAAAGACAAGAUGGGAGGGAAGAGAAGCAUGUCCUGGAACUGUCACAGUACUCAGGAAAGGACUUUCCAGGAUAUGGCCUGUGAAAUCUCCCAGGAGGAAACACACUGCCAGCCUGAGACCUCAGCAGAGUUCUACCGAGAUUGGCGGCGACAUUUGCGGAGUGGGCCAGAGCGCUACCAGGUCCUGCUGCAGCUUGGAGGUCCGAAGCUGGGCCGCCUCUUCCAGACAGAUGUGGGAUUUGGGCUUCUGGGGGAGCUCCUGGUGGCGCUGGCCAAUCAUGUGAGGCCAGCCCACCGGGCAGCAGUGCUAGAGAUCCUGAGCAGCCUGGCCAGCACUGGGCGCUUCACCCUGAACCUGAGCCUACUGAGCCAGGCAGAAAGAGAGAGCUGCAGAGACUUGUUUCAGAAGCUGCAAGCCAUGAAGGAGGGGCCGAGCCAGGAGGAGCAGAGUCUAGAGGAGCAGUCUGCUGGGGCCCAAGAGGAGGACAGCCUCUUGCAGGAGUUGCUAUGGCUAUACCAGGUCGAUUGA